GUUCGAAUAAUUAAUGCAGGUAACUCAUAGAUUUGAUAUUACACGUUUAUAAAGACCAUCAUCAUAGACUUAUUAUGAGCCCGUUUAACUAGCAGCGCCAACCUAGCGGAUAUUAUUACAACUACGUAAACUGUAACGAGUUGUGACCGGGCAGUUGUGUACAAAUCAUAUUGCCGACGUCUAACCUGUUCUUUAUAAUCGUGAUUAUGUUAUAACUAGGGAUAAGGAUUGUGAUAACAUGAUAUGAUAAUUUGUAUGAUAACAUAACCUAAUAGAAUAUAAUGUUGUAUUGUUUAUGUACGAGCAAGCGACUAACCAUGUGCGCUCUAAAAUCUUGUGUUAUGUGCAAUAUUAAAUAAAGUGAAGUUGUUUAUUAAAGUAAAAUGUAGUUAUGACAUCUCUUAAGAUAUUACAGUAUGUUACGUCCCCUUAAUGCAAAAUGAGGAUCUUCUAACGAUAUGCAUUUACAAAUUAUACGUCAUAUUUGUCAUAAACUCAUAACCAUGACAAAAUAAACAGGUAUGACAGCAAUAUUUCAUUCUGACGAUUUUCUGCGCAAAUAUGGCGUACGUUAUGCUCCACUUCUCAUUGGUCGAAAAUUUAUCACAUGACUUAUCAAAUAUGCAUAAUUUGUUUUGUGAUAAGUGAUUUAUUUUGAAUCGAUUUGAAUUUGAAUUUGAAUUCUUAUUUCUUAUUUUCUUAUUCAAUAUUUAGUUUAGACUAUAAAGCUGCAGUAAUUUUAUCUGUAAUUUCGCACUUAAUUUUAAAAUGCCGAUGUGUUCGUUUGAAGGGUGUUUCAGUGGAAGUAGAAAAAAAGAUUACAGAAAAUCUUCAAAUGUUCAUCUUCAUAAGUUCCCUAAAGACCCCGAGAUGCGUAGAAAAUGGCUAGAUCAAAUUAAACUUGGAUCUAAUGUUACUAAAGUUAAUUUUGAAACGGGUGUAGUAUGCAGUAAUCAUUUUUCUACAGACAGUUUUGCUAGUAAGACAUUUGUUCAAAGGACUGCUAAUUUUUCACCAAUAACUGGCAGAAGAUUAUUACCAAAUGCAAUCCCAUUGAGCACGUUUGGAUAUUAUUAUGAUGAUAUUCCUUACAACCGAAUGUCUUCAUCUAAUUCACCAUCAUGUACUAUUAUAAGAACACCUUCUGGUCCUUUUUCAGUUACUAAAUCAAAUGAUUUUUCUCAAAAAAGUCAGUGUUGUUCUAACUUGGAAUUUAAUUUUAGUGAAUUAUGUAAUGAGCUUGAAGUUAAGCCUUUGUGUGAGGUUGAAAUAUUGGAAAACAGUAACGAAGAAUUUCAAAAGUAUGCAAUGAAGAAAUUAUUUUAAAAGUAUUCUUCUUAAGAUGAUGUCAGUUCACUAUUAGUUUAU